GCUCGCUGUCUGCUCUCUCCAUGUGCCGCCUGCUCACACAGACACGAAUCCGCUUACUGAGCGUCCAAAUUAAACAGGGACCUCCGCGUUUCACUUGAUUAUUCUCGGCUGUCUUCACCCCGCUGACAUCGACCGGAAAGUGCAACGGCAAACCCCCACGGCUCUGUUCGCGUUUUUGUAAACGUUAAAAUCCUCGCUUUGCUUGUUUUCUUUCUUCUUUUUAUUUCUCAGCCCUGGAAGUAUUCUUUUUCAACACAAGGACGUGUUUCUGUAGCCUCGCGGAGAAGAUCCCACAUCGACUUUAGACAUGUGUGUGAGACAGGACUGUCAAUUUAAGAGACUGUUGGCGGUUUUGGUUCUCGCUGCUGCCGUGGCCACAAUCCACGCACAAGGUCCAAAGGAAAGUAAUGGCAUCAGUAGGAGGACACUUGACCCUGACAGGGACUCGCCAACAAUGGACACAGAGAGCGAGAUCCACAUUGUCAGCACUGCCUCGCCGAUGAACGUCCCCAACCACCAGCCUGUCCUUAAGGGCCUGCUGCUGCAUGAGCACCUACUCACAAGGGACUUUCAGAGCGACCAGCAAUAUUUUAGAAAAGAUGGCUCUGUGGCAGCAUAUUCAACCAUGCCCGGCUCUGUGUCUGCUGGAGACCCUGUGACUCAACUGGUGCCCCAUGAGGAAGCCCCGGCCUUCUCAGACAUUGCCACUACUGCCACUGUGGCUGCCACCUCCCCAUUGACCACAUAUUCUCCCACGACGCCAGGGCCACCAAUGUUUCUUUCUCAAAAGGAGUCCUCAAGGGAAAAGACAAAGGAGCAAGAACAGAUUCAGCCAACGAUGGACUCUCUUACCACCCAAGUGACUCUACUUAAUAGAGGUUCAGGCGAUGGAAAAAAUCCAGUAAAAACCAGCUCUGAUCAUCCACACCUGGAACGGAUUUCAGUAUCGGAAGACAAAGUUUCCACCAGGGUGUCAACAACCGUUAUUACAACUACCACCAUCACCACCAUGCAAACAACAGAGCCGUGCAGUCUGAAUUUUACUGACCCUGAGGGUAACAUCGAAAUCCUGCAGCAGCUUGACUCUGGAGUGGAGUGUAACUACUUGGUUACUGUCUACCUGGGAUAUGGCAUUGAAGUUCAGGUGCUUAACGUGAGUGUGAUGGAAUGGGAGAAGGUGACAGUGGAGGACACGGGUGGCCGAGAACCCUUCAUCCUCGCUAAUGAGUCGGUGUUGUUGAGGGGCCUCGUAUUACGCAGCUGGAGCAACCAGAUCUCCAUCCGAUUUCGUAGUGAGCAGCAACAAAACCCUGGAUUCCUCCACCUGCACUACCAAGCCUUUGUGCUUAGCUGUUCAUUCCCCAAAGAACCAGCCGGUGGAGAAGUUUCAGUGACUCACCUCCACGCCGGCGGAGAAGCGUACUUCAGCUGCUUCACUGGCUACAAGUUACAAGGCCCCAAGAUGCUCACCUGUCGCAAUGCAACCACACCUUACUGGAGCGGAAAGGAGCCUCGAUGUGUGGCAUCCUGUGGGGGGAUGAUAAAAAAUGCCACCUAUGGGCGCAUCGUCUCCCCUGGUUUCCCUGGCAACUACAGCAACAAUUUGACAUGCCACUGGGUCCUGGAGGCCCCUGAAGGCCACCGGCUUCACGUUCACUUUGAGAAGGUGGCUCUGGCGGAAGACGAUGACAGGCUGCUGAUAAAGGAUGGCAACAACAUAGACUCUCCCCCUGUGUACGACUCUUAUGAGGUGGAAUAUUUGCCCAACGAAGGCGUGCUCAGUACUGGGCGAUAUCUCUUCGUGGAGUUCACCACGGACGGGACAAUGACCUCCACCGGUGCAGCCAUCCGAUAUGAAGCUUUUGCAAAAGGAAUGUGCUACGAGCCGUUCGUGAAGUACGGCAACUUCAGCAGCAGUGACUCCACUUACGGCAUGGGGGCGGUGGUUGAAUUCUCCUGCGACCCCGGCUACACGCUGGAGCAAGGCUCUGUGGUGAUUGAGUGUGUGGACGCUCAAAAUGCCCAGUGGAAUGAGACCGAGCCGGCCUGUAGGGCUGUGUGCAGCGGGGAGAUCACAGACUCUGCUGGUGUGGUGUUGUCUCCUAAUUGGCCCGAGGCCUACGACAAGGGACAGGACUGCAUCUGGGGCAUCCAUGUGGAAGAGGACAAGAGGAUCAUGCUUGACAUCCAAGUUCUCCAUAUCGGCAAGAACGACCUGCUGACCUUCUACGACGGCGAUGACCUGACAGCGAACAUUUUGGGCCAGUACAGCGGCACACGGCCACACUUCAAGCUCUACACCUCCAUGGCUGAUGUCACCAUUCAGUUUCAGUCAGAUCCUGCCACUAACAUCUAUGGCUACAACAACGGCUUUGUGGUCCACUUCUUUGAGGUUCCCAGGAACGACACCUGCUCAGAGCUGCCAGAGAUCACAAAUGGCUGGAAGAGCACAUCCCACCCUGAUCUCAUCCAUGGCACCGUCAUCACCUACCAGUGCUACCCGGGGUACGAGCUUGUGGGCUCUGAGAUCCUCAUGUGUCAGUGGGACCUCUCAUGGAGCGGUGAUGUGCCAAGAUGCCAGGAAGUGAUGACAUGUCAGGACCCUGGAAAUGUGGAGCACAGUCAUAAGGUGAUAACAGGAAGUCGCUUUGCCGUUGGGUCAUCUGUGCAGUUUAUCUGUAAUAAAGGAUACAUCAUGUCCGGCAGCAGCCUUCUCACCUGCUACAACAGAGAUUCAGCAACACCCAAGUGGAACGAGAGGCUGCCCAAGUGUGUCCCUGAAAAGUAUGAGCCUUGCAGGAACCCUGGGGCUGCCUCCACCAGCGUGCAGAGCUCAGAAAAGGCCUUUUACCAAGCAGGAGAGACACUGACCUUCUCCUGCCACUCGGGCUACGAGCUACAGGGUGAGGCCACCAUCUACUGCAUCCCCGGACACCCAUCCCAGUGGAACAGCACUCCCCCCGCCUGCAGAGCAUCCACGAACCCAACUGUGAAUGAACGAAGGCUAGAUGUUGUUAACAUGGAUUACGGUAUGGAGGGAACCAACAUCGCCCUUGCAGUUUUCAUCCCAACAGCAAUCGUCUUGGUGGUUGUCCUCAGUAUUUAUGUCUACUUUGCAAAACUCCAAGGAAAGUCUAUCAGAAUGCCAACAUCUUCACCACCGUACGACAACAUGACAGAAGAGUCGGCUUUCGAUAACCCUAUUUACGAGAGCGGAGUAAGUAGAGAUGUCAUGAGCAUGCAAGACGUGGAUUCACAGAACACCAGUGUGCUGUCCUGAUCCUUUCCCAUCUGGCUGUCAUCAUGUCGUCAUCUCAUCUUUCACCAGCAGAGGGCACCCUCUGCCUCAUCUUUCAUCACCAGUCAUCAGUAAGAGCUCUUAAAGGCCUAACUGAUGAUGUUGCUCAUAAAAAACUAUGACGAAAGGACACUUUCCCUCACAUGAUUAUGAUGUAAGAUAUAAUUUUGCACCCUGAAUAUCCAUAAUUCAUCCACCAUGAGGACUAAGAGGGAUCUGUUUGAUGGGCAGAACUUUCCCAUUGUGGUCAUCUCUCACCUAUGUCUGUCAAGCUGUAAGCUGCAAUCACACAAACUGUGCAAAAUCAUUUAUUUUAUUUUAAAAGUGCAAAUUCCUUUGACCUUAAAACAAUAUAUCUGCAACUAUAGCCAAAGUGAAUAGUCAAUAUAUCAGAAAUAAGUUCCUAUUAUUUCUUCUUUUCAUGAACUGGUGUCAUUUGUGACUGAAUCAUCCCAUCGUUUAUUUUCCUGCCCCUUAAGCAUUGGCAGUCCAAUUCUAGAAAUUAAACCCUGUCAGUCCCACUUUGAUGCACUACUGAACAACAAUAAGGUGAGAUUAUGUUCUGAUGCUUAGAGCACAUCUGACUCUCCCCCAUCAGCCCAGUCCACCAUAAAGACUCACCACCUCUCCCAAUUUCACACCUGAUAUACAGAGAUUUCAUUGGCCCCAGGUAGUUUAAAAAAUUACCAAAUAAUUCUGCACCUUCUUCUAAUUCCUCUCCAUAAGGCCUGCACACAAUGAGAAAAAAAAUGCAAUGUUCGAUUACAUUGUUCAAUAUUGGGAUAUUGAUAUGCAAAAAGAAAAUCAAAUUUGAAAAGUGCAUAUUAGCUCAAAGUCACAGUUUCUAUUGUAUGUCUAGCUUCUGUUUUACAUGUCUGACACAAUACCUGUGUUUCCAAAAUGUCCCUCCAGAAUCUGAAUAAUAAUUAUCUAGCUUGAAUUUAAUCUAAAUGCAUUAAAAUCAUGCGAUUGUGAAAGCAUAGUCAUUUCACCCAGACCGCACUCCAAUAGUUAAAAGUUACUCAUGCUGAGUGAGACACAUUUAUUACCAACCUAAAAAAAACAUUUAUCUUUUAUUGCAGUUAAUUCCCACUAAAACUAUGUGCUUUUUCUAAAUACUGAUAUUGGGAUAACCAUGGAAAUGCUAUUUAUUAUGAAGUCCUUCUCCAUAGCUUUCACAUUUCAAAAUCUUUUCUUAAAAAAAACUAUGACAGAUUAGUUUUAAGCCUAAGAAGCUUUAAGUUACAUAUUCCAUGUUUUUUCUCCCUUUCCUUGUGCAUCGUUCAACAUUUUGAUCAUCUUGUUGAUGUCUAUCAUUUGUAACAUCACAGCUGUAUCUAAUUGUCUCAUCUAUGUCACAUGCAUACUAACAAUGUUCUGUCAUUAGAGUAAAGAUGUCUUUAAAGCAUGUUGUAGCACCACUUAUCAAUAUUCUUAACAAUUGGUUAUUAUAGCUAUUGUUGUAGUACUCGACAUCGGCCGUGGUCUCAAGACCGGUCUCCAGACCGGUCUCCAGACCACUUUUUGAAGGUCUCGGUCUCUUCUCUGAAUCUCGGACUGGGACUGGUCUGACUCCGGAUUUUAAAUCAAGACCGGUCAAGACCCCCACUGAUUGAAAACAGUGCUUUAUAAAAGAACAAAUAACUUCAAAUUAUAUGUAGUCUGAUUUGUAUCCCCCGGGGUUAUGGCCUCAACCUUCCCAGUGUUACGAUCUAAGUGAGUGACACGCCCAAUGCACACAAGUUGAUGAUUUUUCAGUGAUAUUUUUGGUCUUGUCUCGGUCUCGACUAGAGUGGUCUUGACAGCAACACUAAUUAUAGCACUGUGCUGUAUGUUUCCUUAUCUCAGGUUAAAAUGUGCAAUCAUGACUGAUAAACAGUAUUUUUCAGAUGCGUUUUCUAUCUAACCCCAAAGAGGUAAUUUACUAUGAGUGAAAUGAAUGAACGAUCUUAUCAAAGAUAAAUUAUAUUUAUGUUUAGAAAAUGAUAAUGUUUGUUUUAAUGUAUGUCUGUACGUUCAUACAACAUCAAACUGAUU